CCUUCUUCACUAAGAGGAGAUGCGCGUGUGGAAAUUGCUUUCAGUGCGCGGCGGAAAAUUCGUCCACCCAAAACAUGUCGUCGUCUUCUAGCGAGGAUUGUUUCACGAUCGUGGAUGUGCCGGAGAAUCGCUAUGACGAGGCAAUCCACCAUCUGAGAUGGAACUUUUUCGCCGAUGAGCCGCUUAAUAACGCUAUAGGGCUUUGCGCGAGGGGGGAAUCUCAGCGCGCACUUGAGCGACACUGCCUUCUCACCUUGAAGCAGGGUUACUCCAGGAUGCUAGUGAAUAAGAAGGGAGCGAUAGCGGGAAUGGCACUAAACGGUAUCCUAAAGAAAGGUGAACGUGAGGAAGAAGAGCGACGUUUCGAUGAGUUAGAUGACGAAAAGUUCAAGAUGAUCAAGAAACUACUCUACAAAGUGAAUGAUAAGGUCGAUUUGUUCGCCAAGUAUGAUGUGGAUGAGCUGUUCGAGUGCCGAAUCCUUAGCGUUGACGCAGAUUAUCGCGGUAAAGGUUUGGCCAGUAUUCUUAUGGACGAUAGUGAGAAAGUCGCCAAAAAUGCCGGGUUUAAGGUGUGUAAGGCUGAUGCAACCAGUGCAUUCUCACUGAAAGUCUAUCUGAAGCACGGCUACCAGGUGGAAGCAGAAAUCCCGUACACGGAAUUGGACAAGUCUAUCAGACCGGCGCCGCCCCAUCAGGCGUUAAAACUGAUGGUGAAGUUGUUAGAUUGAAGAUAAAAUGAGAAAGUCCGCUCGCUUGGAGAGCUUAUAAUUAAAUUAAACCGUCAACACACACGAAACCGUAAAGCGUAAAGUAGAUAAAAGAUAUAUGUAUCAUCGUCGUGUCGUGACAAUAACAGCACUUAAUGUAUGUCUCGAUGUCACGAAUGACGUGACAUCUUCUCAUAGAAUAUUUAUCUAAAAACAAAAGAGAAAUGUGUGUAUUAUGCGUUUCACGUAAUACGUGUCGAAACGUAUCCGAAUGGUAUCCGGUAUUACUGCCCCUGUGUGUUCUAAAGAAGGAAUGUUCGUUGUUAAGAGAAACGGAAACAAAGAACAAUUAUUCAAUGAAAUUGAAUAAUUUAACACAGCGAAUGGGCGAAUCAGCUAUAAAGUCUAUCAAAUGUUUAGACGUCCAUUUAGACGUUUGAUAGACGUCUCACAUUCGGAUCUUUUAUUUCUGUUCUACACGGAAGUCAACACGACUCUAAAAGUCAAAUCUAUUAUAGUAAAAAAGAUAUAAUACGAAAUGUAAAAUCGUGUAUAUCAUUCAAUUCUUAUAUACAUAUUAUUAAAAAUCAUAAAGAUUUAAAACAAACGUAAAUACCAA